AUGUUCCGUAUCAGCCUUAUUCAAUUGCUUUUAGUCGCACUGCUGGCUCUGUCAGUCUUGGCAGAUGUCAAGGGGACACAACGUGAGUCUCUCCAAGAAGCCCUUGUCGACAUCAAGGCAGCUUCGUUCCAUGAUGCCCUACAUAAUCUCUCCGCCAAAUUCCGUCAUGGUAUCUUCCCGACUGACUUGCAUGCCGCUAAAGCCCUACAAAAUGAAGAGCCAGCCAUUGCAAGCUUGGUCAAGCUUGCUAAGCGCCAAAGCAAUGCCACUUCCAGUCCUGAGACAACUCCGGCCCCGCUUCCUGUUGUGACUACUUCCAGCACCGAAUCAGCCGCUGAACCGUCCACCACCUCGUCUGCUGAGACUAGUGUGACCAGCUCAGCCUCUCCCACUGAGCCAACUACCAGCGCGGAGCCUACCACUACCUCGGCCAGCUCUACCAGCUCUACCAGCUCUACCACCACCAGCUCUGCAUCGGUCCCCAGCGAGACUCCAAGCCAGACCUCCACGGCCACGACUGAGACCACUGCUAAGCCAACCACUUCCACUACUCAGUCAGUCACUUCCACUACCCAGUCAGUCACUGCCACUACAUCCUCUACUACAUCCUCUACUGCAUCCUCUACUGCAUCCUCUACUGCAUCGUCCGUUACAUCCUCCACUACAUCCUCCACUACCCAGACUACUCACACGACGACCAGUGCUCCUUCGACUCUGACCACUACCACGAGCACCUCAUCCACCUCCACCCGCUCAACUACCUCUUCCCGUACCACGGAAGACACCACCAGCGAGCAAACCAGCUUGAGCACCUCCACCUUCGAGAGCACCACGACCAUGCCCGACGGUACUCUGAGCACCAUCACCUCGAUCACUGUCAUCACCCCAAAGGCCACUGGCAAGCCCACCGCCACCGCGAAGCCCGGUCUGCAGACCAAUGCCGCCGCUCUGCCUACCGGCAUGGCCCGUGAGGUUGUCGCCAUGGUUGGUGGUGCCGUCGUGGUCGCAAUGGCUCUGUAA